AUGGUUGCUCGGCAACCAGAACCUCACAUUCAGACUGAUGUGGGCCAGACAAAAGUCAUCAAUGUUGCCAGUUGUCUUCCAGCUGACUGCACUGACGCCGGCACAGGAACCUACCGCUGUGAGAUAUAUCACAACAACAAACUAGUGCCAGUGACGUUAAGUGAGGAACGCAAUAAGGUCCACAAGGUUCACUUUACACCAGAGGGAGCUGGCCUCUACAAGAUAAGCUGCUACUUCAACGAAAAUGAAGUGAAAGGUUCUCCAUACACGCUAGAGAUAGUGGACACCAAUGCUGUGAUGACCACAGGAGACGGACUGAAGACAGCAGCAGUCAAUCACACGGCUAAGUUCACAGUGACCACCCAUGCUGCGGGUGGUGGUGAGCCCACAGUGACCAUUACAGCGCCAAGUGGGAAGAGAAUUUCGACCAAAAUUGUGGAGACUGGCAAGAAUGUCUUCCAGGUGGAAUACACACCCACAGAAAUAGGUGAACAUGACGUGGAAGUGGUAUUCUAUGGCAAGCAGGUGUAUUCUGGUCAGACCCAGAUCUACAAUGCUGGCAAGGUACAGGUGGCUGGAAUACAGAAACAUGCAGUCAAGGGUGUUCCUGUGGACUUUGAGAUUGAUGCCUCCAGUGCUGGCUCAGGAAACCUGGAGAUCAUAGUCAACAAUGGCGUCAUUCCGUGCAAAGUUCAUAACCUUGGUAACAGAAAGUUCCUGGCAUCUUUUCUCCCCAUAGAUCCUGUCAGUCAUGUCGUGGAGAUGAGGUUCAAUGGGGAGAGCGUACCUGGCAGUCCCUGGGUAAUGGAGGUGAUUGACGCCAGCAAGGUGCGCACUGUGGGGGAAGUGUCGCAGCUUAUCCCUGUCCACAGGAAGGCGGAGAUAGCGCUGAAUACCACUGCCUCUGGGAAGGGGGCAUUUGAUGUCAAAGUCACAGGUCCAAAUGGAGUAAUAGUGCCAUCUAAGCUGAUAGACAACCGCAAUGGGAACUAUAAAGUGGAGUAUGUCCCUAACGAAGUGGGCAGUCACCAGCUGGACAUUCUCUUUGGUGGUCAGCCCAUUGUGGGAAGUCCAUUUCUGGCCAAAGCCUAUGACCCUAGUGCAAUACGAGUGACCAAGCUGCCCGAUGGACAUAUUGGAAAAACUGUGGAAUUUGAAGUUGAUGUGACCAGGGCAGGAGAGGGUCAGUUGGAGAUCAUGGUCAACCAGGGGGCAGUCCCCAACAGCGUCCAGAUGCUGAGGAAGGGGGUGUUCAGGGUGGUGUUUGUCCCCAGGACACCAGCUGACCACGAGGUGGACAUCAAGUUCAAUGGAGAUAGGGUCCCCAGCUGCCCUAUGAUCUCCAAGGUGAGAGAUGCCAGUCACAUAGCACUGUCUGGGUUCCACAAUGCAGUGUCUGUGAGGAAACCCGCGGGGUUUCGGAUCAAGGGAGCACAGUACCACAAUGACCUCAAAGUGUUCAUCACUUGGCCAGAUGGACGUGAUGUCCCAGUACAUGUAGUGGACAGUGGGGAUUCCACAUACAGAGUGGACUGGACCGCCUCAUUGGUUGGUGAUUACCAGGUCAAUGUCCUGUACUCAGGCACUCACAUCCCUGGCAGUCCUUUCCUCACCAGAGCCUGUGACCCCAGCAAGGUGCAGGUAUCGAAUGUUGGACCAGGGAGAGUGGGAAAACCUACCACUUUCAACAUUGAUGCUAGCAGAGCUGGAGCAGGAAAUCUGGAAAUUAUCGUCUCUGCACGCAACGAAAAUGUUCCCAAUUUUGUGCAGCAGGAAGGAGGACAGGCACGCUUCAACGUCUCGUUCACCCCACAGGUGUCAGACACACACGUGGUCAGCAUGAAGUUCAAUGGAGACCCAGUGCCAGGCAGUCCAUUCCACUGUGCCAUAGUGGACGGCAGCAAGUGUUCAGUGAGUGGGGAUGGACUGUCCCGAGUACCGGUCAAUAAGAUGACCUGGUUUGUAGUGGACCCCCACGGGACAGACGCUGACUGCAUUGUGGAGAUCACUGCUCCUAGUGGCAGAGUUGUCCCUGCUCGUGUCACUGGCAGCCCCAACACAGGAUUUAGAAUAGAAUUCACCCCGACUGAAGUUGGUCGCCACCAGACCAAGAUCUUCUAUGCAGACACCGAGGUGAAAGGCAGCCCUUUCUUCUGUGAUGCCUAUGAUGCCGGCAAGGUAAUACUGGAACAAGUCAGGAACGGGCUGAUAGACACACCAGUACAUAUGGAAGUGGAUGCGUCCCAGGCAGGUGAGGGAUCCCUAGAGGCAGAUGUCAGGUCCAGAAAUGUACAGGUUCCCAGUGAGAUCAAGCCAAAGGGCAACGGGAUGUAUGACCUCUCUUUUGUGCCACGCGAUAUGAACACACAUGUUGUCAACCUGUUCUUUAACGAGGAACAUGCCAGAAACUCACCGUGGAUGGUGGACAUCAUAGACGCCAGUCAUGUGACAGCUAGUGGUGAUGGCCUGAGACUGGCCCCGGUCCAGCAUGUGGCCUGGUUUGAAGUGGACACACACGGGCCAGCAGAGGCACCCAUUGGGGUCAAAAUUACAGCGCCAUCUGGUGCCACAGUGCCCUGCAGAGUCACCCCCAAACCUGGCACUGUCAACCAGUUCAUUGGAGAAUACACCCCAAUAGAGCCUGGGAGACACCUGGUGGAGAUUAAAUAUGGCACUGCCUCUAUUGUUGGGAGCCCGUUUGCUUGCGAGGCAUACGAUGCCAGUAGAGUGCGUGUCACAGAUACAGAUUACAGCGGCAGGGUUAACCAGCAGCUGGGAUUUACUGUUGACUCCUCUCUGGCCGGUCAGGGCACAAUAGAUGCACAAGUGACAGCACCUAGUGGCCGUUUAGUUCGCCUAAAUCGUGAGAGGCUGUCCAACACCCUGCAUCGUUUCACAUACAUGCCAGAGGAGCCAGGCGACCAUCAAGUUGAAGUUACCUUUAAUUAUGAGAAAAUACCAGGCUGUCCCUUCAAAGUCUUCACCCAGGAAGUCGUACCACGCACGGAGGUUGACAUGUUGAGAACGAGCCUACCUCGGGAGAGCAGUAUGCGUGACAUGCGUGAUGGUGGCAUGCGCGAGACAACAACAAGAAGGACGUCUUACUUCAUGAUCCAGCCCCAGGGCACACAGUACAACCUGAGGGAUAUGACAUGUAUUGUACAAGCUCCCAAUGGAAACCAGGUCCCAGCCAAGAUUGUCCAGACUCCAGAGGGAGACUUCAGAGCGGAGUAUUCCUCUCCAUACACAGGUCGUCACAUAGUGGAGAUAUUCUUCUGUGGUCAACCCAUCAAGGGCAGUCCAUUCUAUGUGGACAUCUAUGACCCAGACAGAGUGAGGGUGGAAAGGCUGGAGGAGGAGGCAUUUGUGCAGAAAGAGACAGGAAUAAACAUCAAGUGGGAGGAUGCUGGUAAGGCAGAAGUGACCAUCAAGUUGAUAGGACCCAGUGGUCAGAACAUCCCAUUCACCACCCACAACACACCAGAGGGCACUAAGGUCAACUACGUCCCCACUGAGUUUGGCACCUACCGGAUCCACGUCUUCUAUGGGGGACAGGAGAUCUCAGGAUCACCUUUCAUACAAGAAGUUCGCGAGCAGCCCCUGUAUGCCACAGUGCAACGCCAAACUAUAGAAACACAGAGGUCAGGUUCUCCCUACACACAAGAUGUCCGCAGCAUCGCCCAUAUCAGCGCGUAUGGUGACGGACUAUACAAGGGCGAGGAGGACCAACCCGCGACGUUCAUGGUGGACUCCAAGGGCAUGAAGGGAGACCUGUUCGUGCAGGUAGAUGGUCCCAACUCCAUUGCCAAGUGUAACAUCGACCCAGAGAGAGACGGGCUGUAUGCUGUCACCUAUGUUCCUGUAGAGGUGGGCAUGUAUAACAUUCAAGUGAAGUGGAACGGGAUGGAGAUACCAGGGAGUCCGUUCCACCCACGUAUAGUGGAUGCCCGCAAGGUGAAGGUCCUGGGUGGCUGGCAGAGUUUCCUCGACUCCAACAACCAAGUGCGUCUGUCAGUGGGAGAAGCCAAGAGGGUAGCUUUUGACUGCUCUGAGGCUGGGCCAGGGAAACUAAAGGCUGAAGUUAUAGGACCUGCUGGCCGUCUUCCAGUAGAGAUAGAAAACACCAGUGACUUCACCAAGACAGUCAUCUUCACACCCACAGUAGAGGGUGAAUACAAGAUCUCCCUGUGGUGGUCUGAGGUGGCACUGCCCAAGUCACCAUACAAAGGUCUGGCCGCUGGACACAGGCUGCCCGUUGACCACACCAAAGUGACCAUGACUGGACGGGGGCUGAAGGAGGCCAAAGUGGGACACGAGGCCGAGUUUGUCAUUGAUGGCUCACAGGCUGGGGCAGGCACACCUGAGGUCUCCAUGACAGGAGUGAAGGAAGAUAUUCAUGUGAAAGUAAAGAGUCUUGGAGGAGACAAGUAUAGAUGUACUUACACAGCACAGAGUGCAGGUGCGUACCUGCUGAACAUCCAGUGGUCCCACAGACAGGUGAAAGGUGCUCCGUUCAAGGUCAAUGUCAGCGCCGGCGGUGAUGCCAGUAAAGUGGUGGCCAGUGGUGAGGGGUUGAGGACGGGCAUUAUGAGCAAAGAAAUCAAGUCUAUCAUAGACACUAGGAGGGCAGGACCAGGUGAGCUAACAGCACACUGUAUGGGGCCUUCCAGAGCAGCCCAUGUGGAGCUGUUUGACCACCGAGAUGGCACCUUUUCCAUGUCUGUGAAACCACAGGAGGCUGGCAAACACAUCCUCACUGUCAAAUAUGGCGGAGAACACAUUCAAGGCAGUCCUUAUGUCCUGCGUGUCUCGGGAGCACCAGACGCCAGCAAGGUGAGGGUCAGUGGGCCAGGUGUGUCCCAUGGUAUUCUGGCCAGGUACCAGAGCAGGUUCUUAGUGGACACCAAGGGGGCAGGAGCUGGACAACUGACCGUCAGGAUUAGAGGGCCAAAGGGCGCUUUCCGUGUAGAAAUGCAGCGAGAGAGUCAGAAAGACCGCACUAUUCUCUGUCGCUAUGACCCCACGGAGGUCGGUGACUACAUCAUCCAUGUCAAGUGGUCGGGAGAACACGUUCCAGGGAGUCCCUUCCAGGUGCGCAUCUGCGACACAGAGGAAGAGUACGAGAGGUACAUGCAUGAGCUGCGUACAGGGGUAGCACUGCAGGGACGACCUGGGAGCGGCGGAUACAGCACACUGCCAAGUAGCCAUGGUUACGGCACCAUGCACAGCAAUGGCGGAUACUGGAAUGGCCACCCAGACGCGACAUACGCUACUUAUGACUUCAGAUCUUAACUUAAGAAGUUAUGUACUUUAGACUCUCUCACAAUCACACACACACAAGCACACAAACAAAGCUACAGUUAAUUGUCAUUACUGCAACCUCUUUCUUGAAUGCAAGAACUGAGGAUUAUUUUUUGUACACAUAAUAUAUACAUUGUUUAGCCUUAAAUUUAAUUUUAUCUAACUUAUUAGUAUAGUUAAUGAUUAUCAUGUAUGUGAUAUUAAUAGACAUAUUUAAAAGUUAAAAUGUUUCUGCUGAAGACAGCAACAGGUUUAUGAAUGAAUGACACCAUUGGAAAAUAGUGAAAGUCAAAACGUAAAAGCACAGCUCACAAAUUCUGUUUGUAAUUGUUGACAUGUUUCCAUUUUGUGUAGUUUUGUUUGCAGUAAGGGAUUUGUGCAACAAAAAUCUUUCUCAAAAUCUCUGGGAUAAAUAAGCAGGGCCAAAUAGAAAAAAUACCAAUUAAAAUUUGAAUCAUUAUUGCAGAUACGCCAAAGUUAGCUUGAUCAUGCUCUGUUAUUUUACUUCAGAAUCUGUGCAAUUAGUUUAUGAACACAACUGAAGUGUUUUGGUAUGAGUGUUAGGGUUAAGAUAUUGGCACAUUUUAUUUCAACACCAUUAUUUUAGUAAAUCAUAAUUCCAUAAUGCAUUUUGGGCGUCAAGUUGGCUCUGUUUUGGUGAAAAUAUAUAUAUCCAUGCAUAUCUCAUUGCAUUAUGGGGUUUAUUAAGUUUACAUUCAAACGAUAUCUUUUUAUAUUUAUACAGUUUCUGUUCAUUUAUUUUAUUGUUACUACUCACUUUCAUAAUCACUGAGCAUCAUUUUCAUACGUGUGUUAUAUUGAUUAACUGCGAGGCACAUGAGGCAUAACCAAGCUUAUUACAAUUUUCAUAUGCAGUGUAUUAUAGUUAACUAAAAAGUCAACAGUUAUUGUAAGGAUAUUGUCCUAAAGAAGAGCUUUGUGUCUGUAGCUUACUGUAGUAGGCCUGGGGUGUAAGUAUUGCACAUUUUUAUUUAACGGGUCCUUCAAACAUUGAGCAAUUUUGUCAGAUAAAGCAGUUUUGUUAGAACUGGUUGAAGGUAUUGGAAAGCACUGGGCAAAGAUGUAGUUUGAUUUACUUUUAUAUACCAAGAAAUUAUUGAGAAUAGUCAUAAUUUCUAAACAGCAGAAAAAAUGAUGAGAAAAGCACUCCAAAAUGCCAAAUUAUGUACCUAUGUCUAUAUUUAUGUGUAUUAUUCAGUGUGCGCAUCAUGAGAACCAACUUGUCAAAGGCUUACAAUGAGUACAUGUUAUUUUAUCCUGCAUCAUGUGCUGUAAAGGGCCAUAGGGACAGCUAGAAGAUUUGCACUUUAGUGACAUUCUGUGAAAACAGAAAGGACACAACAGCGCAAACUGUUAGCAAUGGAAGUCUAUAGUUUAAUGGUAGAGCUGACUGGCUGUUGUAUAUGCUCUGUAACUCAGACUAACAAAAAAGAAUUAUGAUAUGGUUUAUACUGGACUUUGUAUUGUAUUCUGUUAAUGGUGACAAAUGCUGUGUGUUACUAUGCUUGUAACAAAGAUCUGUGAAAUCAGAAAAUUAUUUGCUCCACUUUGACGAUAUUUUAGUUACGGUGUUUACAGACUGUUUAUUUAAAAGGGUGUAAAAUGAUGGAGAAAGAAUUCAUGAACUAUUGUGUGGCACAAGAACUGCACUAAUCACUUAUUUUUUCUCUUAGCUGAAAGCUUUAAUGUACACUUUAAGAUAAUACUAUUUAGAUCAAAAGCAGUACAACCAAAAAAUGACAUUAUUGUAUUUGUACUCAUCAGCUUCUUUCUAACAUAGUAAUUAUCAUAUAAUGCUAUUCGUAAGAUAUGUAUACUGUUGAUAUUGAUGGUAGGCAGGUACAGGUACAUAUAUUACACACACAUUACAUUAAAUUGCUUUUAAUAUUGUGAAUCGUGUGCUCAUCUUUGCUUAUUGCACAUAUGCUGUAUACGUGUAAAAUGUAUAAUUCAUCAUUUAAUGGAAAUCUACUGACCCAGCGUUUAUUCUUAUAUUAUAAUUUAGGAUAAAAAUUGUUAGCUAAUAACGGUGACGAGUGUCGGCUCUUACCGCCUUGUCUGCUGCUUCCCUCCCAGCUGCAGUUGAAGUCUAAUUCUAAACUAGCUGGAUGUUGAGUUUCGAUAAUUGUCCUGUAUGGGAGGGAAGUAGCAGGUGUUAUUACCACAUACUGUUAGAUAACAAUUCUCUAUCCACAACUACUCAUAAAUAACAGCCUGUGUACUCUGCUCAUCUGCUUUUGCAAUAAAUUCAUAUUGUUACA